CGCAAAACAGAGUCUGGACUCAGAAAAGAAAAGAAGAAAAACUUCAACCACAAAACAGGAUCUCCCUUCACCAUCCUCCGUCUUUUCCCUAUCCACAUACACAAUCCCACCAAACCCUACUCUUAAAAUGGCCGACGACGGCCUCCUCCUAAACUUCACCCUAGGAGGCGACACCGUCCUCAAACCAACCACGACGAAGGUGAAAGGCGGCACUUGGCGCGACCGACUCAGCGCAAAGAAAAUCGCCGCCAACCGCAAGACCCCGCGCGACCCCAACGCUCCGAAACCCGAAUCCAAGAACCCGAAUCGCAUUGCCGUAUCAUCAUCGCGACCCGUCAAGCGCCAACGGACGGACGACUCCGGUGCAGCCCCUUCCCCACACUCCUCGCGGCAACACAACACGACCCAAAACCAGUCGGCUCGGCCGUUUGUCUCGUCGCUAUUCACAAAGAACCCCGUUCCGCAGAAUGUGGAGGAGACUAACAACAAAGACGGGGGGGAGGAGGUGGAGGAGGCGAAGCCGACGAAUGCCCCGUUGAUUGAUGGGUUGGAUACGUUCACGAACUUGGGACUCUCCGAAACGCUGGCGGCGCAUUUGCUGACCAAGUUGGGAGUAAAGGCGCCGACGGCGAUUCAAAAGGCCUCGAUCUCCCAGCUGCUGAAGGAGGAGAGUGAUGCGUUUAUCCAGGCGGAGACCGGGUCGGGAAAGACGAUGGCGUAUCUGCUGCCGCUGGUGCAGCGGUUGAUGACGAUCUCGAAGGCGUCGGCGGGGGCGGGCAUGCCGUUGGCCAAGGGCAGUGCGUCUGCGGCAGACUCGUCGGUCGUGCACCGUGACAGCGGGCUGUUUGCUAUUGUGCUGGCGCCGACGCGUGAGUUGUGCAAGCAGAUUGCGGUCGUGCUGGAGGGGUUGUUGCGGUGCGCGCACUGGAUCGUGGCGGGGACGGUGAUCGGUGGUGAGAAGAAGAAGUCUGAGAAGGCGCGGUUGCGGAAGGGGUUGAAUAUUCUUGUCGCCACGCCCGGUCGGUUGGCGGAUCACCUGGAGAACACGCAGGCGCUGGACGUGAGUAACGUGCGGUGGUUGGUGCUGGACGAGGGCGAUCGGUUGAUGGAGCUGGGGUUCGAGAAGGAGCUGCAGGGGAUUAUUCAGAAGCUGGAUGCACGGCAGCGGCCGAGUCGCAUCCCGGGUGUGCCGACGAAGCGGACGACAAUCUUGUGUUCGGCGACACUCAAAAUGAACGUGCAGAAACUGGGCGAGAUCAGUCUGAAGGAUGCUAUCCAUGUGCAGGCGGACCCGGCCGACGAGGACCCCGACGCCCAGAAACACAAGGACGAGGACGAGGCAUUCCGCGUCCCCGCGCAGCUGAAGCAGUCGUACGCGAUCGUCGCCGCCAAGCUGCGACUGGUCUCGCUGACGGCCUUCAUGAAGCGAACGUUCAUGCGCAAGGGCUCCGUGAUGAAGGCAAUCGUGUUCGUGUCGUGUGCGGACUCUGUGGAUUUCCACUUCGAGCUGUUCACGCGCAAGCUGAAGGACGAGGAGGAGGCAGAGAAAAAUCCCGAGAGUGACAGCGAUAGCAACUCUGACUCGAGCGAGGACGACGAAGACGACGACGACGAGGACAAGCAGAAGAAACAGCAGCACAAGGCCAACGAGCACGGCACCGUCGCACUGGCCACCGCAUUCUCCAACCCCUCCAAUCCCGUCAUGCUGCACAAACUGCACGGCUCGCUGCCGCAGCACGUCCGCACUGCAACGCUCGGCGCAUUCGCGCGCAGCCGCGAAGCCUCGGUGCUGAUCUGUACCGACGUGGCCUCGCGCGGUCUCGACCUGCCCAACGUCGACCUGGUUGUGGAGUACGAUCCGGCGUUCAGCGCGGAGGAUCACUUGCAUCGUAUCGGACGGACAGCGCGUCUUGGUCGGGAUGGCCGCGCCCUGCUUUUCCUAAUGCCUGGCUGCGAGGAGAACUACGUCGACAUCCUCAAGCGCGGCUACCGCGACGGGGGCAAGGCGCUGCAGCGACUGAACGCGGAUGACAUCCUGAAGCGCGGGUUUGGCGGGAACGUGCAGGCGCAGAGCAAGGACUGGGAGGUCAAGACGACUGACUGGCAGAUGGACGUCGAGCGGUGGGCGGUCGACAACCCGCAGUACCUGGAAAUGGCGCGGCGGGCGUACCAGUCGCACAUCCGGGCGUACGCGACGCACGUCGCCAGCGAGCGCCACAUGUUCAACAUCAAGGAGCUGCACCUGGGCCACCUGGCCAAGAGUUUUGCGCUGCGCGACCGACCCAGCAAGAUCAAUGUGCCGGGGCUGCGGCAGAGCACGAGCGACGCCAAGAAGGACUUCAAGGCGGCGCGCAGCACGGUGGGAGGGAAGAAGCGGAAGGCGGGCGAUGAUGAUGAUAAUUCUCGGGGCGCGACGGAUGUAUCUCUGGCGGCGCAGAAGAUGAGAGCGAAGAUGAAGGAGCAUAUGGCGGGGGCGAACGAGUUCAACCUUGCUUAACCGCUGGAAUUUAUCAUGUAAAUAGUCAAUGAAAAGCACUCGUUGCAGGCUAAUAGAUA